AUGAGCCGACGAGUAUCAACCGUACACGAGCUGUGGACAGAGUGGCACCAUGGUCUCGCCAGCCAGCCUUCAAUUGAAUAUCUGGUAGAAACAUUUGGCACAAAAUGGAGGGCGUCAUCAAAAGAAGCAAAAUUCUUUUCCAGGCGUCGAUGUGUCAUUAAUCACGUACGCAGGCUUGUGAAUGGGGGCCUCUCGGUUGAAGGUGCAAUUGACAGAGCUGAUUCCGAGAGAGGGAACAAGAGCAUCGAUAGUUAUUCGAAAUGGCUUCGCAGCAAACAGACAUCUUAG